AUGGGUUUGGCAUGUUCAAGAUCACCAAGGGAUCAAACAACGAAUGAGCCAAGAAAUAAAAUAAAGAUAACAUUUUUGGAUAUUAAGCUUUAUUCGAUGUAUGCAUUUGGAUUAUGUUACUUUUUUCAUUGUGGACUGUACAUCUGGAAACAUUUUGGCUCUGAUUGUCCGAAUAAAUGGUUUGGUUUUGUAUAUAAUAUAAUAGCUAUGUUAUAUACAUUUUUUCUGUUUUUGUAUUUUAACGGGUAUCAUGAACGGCAUAGUGAUAAUUCCAAACCUCAAAAUAUUUUUUCUGUUGGGAUACUUUUAGCCAAUGUUGUAAUGCUUUUGUUGAUUCUCUAUUGCAUUAUCAUCGUCUGGACAAAUAUGAAUUAUCAUUUCAAUGUAUGGUGUAUGGUGCUUCUCAUCAGCUGUUUCGGAAAUGUUGUUAAUCAUAUGAUUUAUUGCUUUGGUUUAACUGUAAACAAAGGGCAAAUAGAAAUACCAGCUUAUGUUCUCAUACUGUCCUGGUUCGACAACAUCAUAAGUAUUAUACUUGCUUUUUGUGAAACCUAUUAUUUAUUGGGAACACAUUCUCACAUCAAAUAUACUAGCACUAAUAACUUCUGUUGCAAAGAAACGUUUUCCAAGUGGUAUGACAGAUAUGUAAAUUAUGUAUGCUUUUUAAUUGGCAUGAUUAACAUUGGUUUAUGGAUCGGUGAUAGCAUUGGCGAAGGGAGGAUUCCUGUAUUAAGUUAUCCAAUGUAUCAAGCGUAUGAUCCCCAGGUUUGGACUAUCAUUGUUAAACUUGUUCUCCCGUUGACCAUUUUUUUUCGAUUUCAAACUGGACUCAGUUUUUUGGAAAUGUACUGGGAUCGCGAUAAAGUGAUAAAAGAAAAGAAAAAUACAACUUGUGAACAGGUCGGAACGACUAGAGAGCAAUCACAACCGUUAUAG